AUGGAAAUGGAUGAAGAAGUUUAUGAUGAAAUUUUAAAAAGGUUACCCUCAUAUAAAAUAUAUGAAGAAUAUGGCUCUAAGGUCAUCGGAGAAUCAUACGGAAUUAAUUGUAAUAUAUUCAAUUCAGUAAAAAAAGAAUACAAAAAUAAAUGUAUUAAUCUUUGUAAUAAAGUUGUAAGAAAUUUAGAAAAUUUACCAGAAAAAGUUAAAUCAGGAAACUAUAAGGACUACUGUAGACAUUAUAUAUACUGGAUAUAUAAAGAAAUAAGAGAAAUGUUUAAAAACGAUGUGAAUGAUAGUUAUAUUACAGAUAUCAUUACUAAAUUUAUUGAAUUACAAUCUACUCUUACUGAAACUUAUCGGAUAUAUAACUGUAGUUAUAAAUUUGUCAAUAAAAAUUUAAGCGAAAUGAAUAAAAAAAAGGAAGAGAAAUACUUGUAUGAAUAUUUUACAAAUUACGAUAUUAUUAAAAGUAGAGAUAUUUGUACUUCUGUUGACAUUAAUAAUUAUAAAAAGUAUCUUAGUUCUAUUCAUGACUUAUAUAAAAAAAAAAAGAGUGAAUGUUGUGAGAAAAAAAUAUCAACGUGUCCAGACUAUUUUUUGAACUGUGGUGAUGAAGUUGAUCCAAAUAAUCUUGUUUCUGCUUUAGAAUCCCCCAAUGAUAAUAGUUGUAAUGGACUAGAAGAUUUUAAAGAAACUAAAACUUCCAAAGAAAAAUUAGAAUCUAGCGAUUUCGAUCAAGAUUUUUUGGAUCAAAUUCUUUUUACGAAUUGUCCUAUUACGAAUGAAAGCAAAGAAUUACCAUGUCGCUUUGUCCGAGCAUCUUCCUUUAUUCGUAAAAACAUGAUUUCAAUUGAAAGCAGUGGACAACAAAGGAAUAGUGAUAAAUCUCCUUCAGAAGGUCAAAAUUCAGAAAUAAGCAUAGAUUCAGAGGUCAAAAAAGCACAUGAAAAAAUUAGGAAUAUAGUUGGUCUUAGUUCAGAAGCAAUCAAUUAUCCAUCUCUUCCAAAAAAUGCCUCAUAUAUGGAUAUUAGAUGGAAAUUAGACAAAGAUGGAAAGUUACAUUGUCCUGCUGAGAACCCAGAGAAAGAUACAUCAGGACUUUGCAUGUACGUGGAAGAAUUAGUUAAACAAGGUAUUCUUAUAAAAGAUGAGAAAUCUGGGAUAUACCGAUUAAAGAAAGGUAAAACAUGGGCAACACAGCCGUUAAAUAUAGAUAUUAGAAGAGAAAAGGGCAAGUACUCAAUACAAAGUUAUUCCGGACGUCUACAAGUUUUAAAGCCUGAUCAAAUAAUGGUUGCUGAUGCUAGAAGCUCAAUUGGUCAAGAGCAUUAUGGAAAUGAUAAAGCAUAUAAUAUAUUACAGAACAUUUUUUUCCGUGUUGGCACUGCGAUUUCUUUGGUAAUGGGAUUAAUUUUAGUUUUUUUCCUUUAUUUUAGAUUCACUCCCUUUGGCUCUUGUGUAGAUAAAAAUAGAAAAAGGAAAAAAAGACAUAAUACUAAUUUCGCUGAACUAAACACAAAAAGACUAUCGAGGAGAUUCAUAAAACGUACUUAUAGGAAUUCUGGUAGAAGGAGAUUUAGUGUAGUAAAUAUAGAAUAA